GUUUAAAUAAAAUGAGUGCUGAAUCGGAAACUUUCAAGGAUUUGAAGAAGACCCUUGAGAAGCCACAGGAUCUGGGAGCAGUCAAGACUGACCUCUUUUCUCACAUCACUGAGAUUAUUAAUAGGAUACUGUCUACUCAUAAACAUGAGGCUUACCAGAAAUUUGAAGACAUUUCAAUUUUAAUUAAGAAGACUCAAUUAAAAGUUAAAAAUCCUUUGCCUCUCAAUGAGAUUCAGAACUUGAAGGAGGAUGAAGCCCAAGCAAUGUUAGAUUGAUAUGUUGAAGAGGUCAGAACUCUUCUAAACAACAAGCUCAAUCUUUCCUCCGGUGAUAAACAGCUCGUCAGUAAGGUUAGCAAUUGUGCUUUGGGAGACAUAUAUGAGCAAGCCAGAAUUCUUCAAUGGGCAGGCAUUUCCUUCGGAGAUUCAGAGACUUAUAGAAUCUAUAAAGCAAUUCAGAAGUUAGCACAGCUUUCUGGUGCCAGUAGCCUCCGCUUCUGGGGUAAAAUAUUUGCAACCAAGAGAGAUUACUAUAUUAUAGAAGGAAAGUUAGAUGAUGUAGUGGAAGUUGACAUUCCUGCUAACUUUGAAGCCAGAGGGAAAGGAACAAAUGCAUAUGUAUACUGGGCAACUGACAAUAUCUUGACUGAUUUUGUUCAACUACCAGAUGUGAAUCCUGACCAUAUUAAAGCAUCUAGGCAGUUUAAACAUAUUCUUUCUGGAGAUCUAAAUGCUGAUGUUCUCACAAGUCCUCCUUUCCCAGGCAAAGAGAGACAUUUCUUAAGAGCUCAGAUUGCUAGAAUUUCUCAUGCGACUACUCUGUUUCCUAAAGGAAUGCUUGAGCCACAUGAAGAUCAGGAGAACUUUGAAGGUGUUCUAGUCUACUCUGAAGAAUUCACAAUGCCUGGCACAGAUGAGCUAAACAAUAAUGAGCUUUGGGGACACCACUAUCCAAAUAUUUUGAAUGCUGGAAGAAUCACUCACUUACCUCCAAAUGUCCCAGAAGAUCAAGUUGAAGAAGAAAUGGCAAAGCUAGAAGAGGAAGACAAAGUCUUAGAGACAUUAAUGGGCAUCAAUGAAGAUGCUCCAAUUCCUCCUCUCGAAUCUGCCUGGCUCAUGAAGGUAGUUGGAGACAAUCAACCUUACAAUGGAGAUGGAGAAGAUGAAGGAACUGUCACUUAUUCAGCUAAUGUUAUCAAAUCCCUAAGAUGGCCAGGAGCGUACACUGUUGCUUACUGUGGCCAAUACACUAAUAUUUACAUUGGUUAUGGACUAAAACAAGGAAAUGUUGCUUACAACCCAACAACUCCUCCUGACGUGAUUGAAGAUCCAGAAGAGAACCCAGAACAACCAGAACCAACUCCUUUGGAAGCUCCUGAAGAACCUCUGGAGCCAGAUACAGAUGAAGACAACAAAAAAGAAGGGGAAGGAGAUGAUUAACUUUAU